ACGUUCUAAUACACAUCAUACAUCAUACAGAAACACAUAUAUUCCUCCGUGCUGUAACACGGGUCUGAUCUUAGUAAAAUAGUGGAGAGAAGAAUAUUCUUCUGGAUACCUUUUAAUAUUCCCCAAAACUUCUGAAUCUUCUUCUCAAUUUUUCUCGACAUUUUCUCAUCGAAAGCUCUCUUCCUUUCCCUUUUUGGCGCUCAAUACAAUCAUGACGUUAGAGAGUUACGCCGGCGAUGUUCACACGGUACCACAAUCGGAGAACUCGAUGGAGGAGAGAGGCGGCGGUGAGCUUUUCGUGCCACCUCUUAACUUCGCUAUGGUCGAUAAUGGAAUUUUCCGUUCUGGUUUUCCUGAACCCGUCAGUUUCAGCUUUCUCCAGUCUUUGCGUCUCAAAUCCAUCAUAUAUUUGUGUCCUGAGGCAUAUCCAGAGGUGAAUAGAGAGUUUGCAAAAUCAAAUGGGAUCCAAGUUUUUCAAUUUGGAAUUGAAAGAUGCAAGGAACCAUUUGUUAAUAUCCCUGACGAGGUAAUCCGAGAAGCCUUACAAGUACUUCUAGAUACAGAGAAUCAUCCUGUCUUGAUUCAUUGCAAAAGUGGAAAGCAUCGGACGGGAUGUCUUGUAGGUUGUGUGAGGAAGAUUCAAAGAUGGUGUUUGUCUUCUAUCUUCGACGAGUACCAAAGAUUCGCAGCUGCGAAAGCUAGAAUCUCAGACCAGAGAUUCAUGGAGCUCUUUGACAUCUCCAAUCUAAAGCAUACACCACUUUCCUUCUCAUGCUCCAAGAGGUAUACUAAUACUAUUGAUUACUGAAGAAAAAAAUGUAUAACUUUGUGUUGAAUGCAACUUGUAGUUUUGAAGCUAGAUGAAAAUGGGAGAUUUUGAUCUUUCAAUAAAAGUCCGUUUAUUCCAAAUCAAAUAAAUAAAAAUUGGAUCGGAUGGUUGUAGAAAAAUAAGAGACACUCCUUUAAUCCUUUUAAAUGCUAUCAUGUAGAACAAGUUUGUCAUAAAUGUUGGUACUAUAUUGUUAUUUUUUGUAUUCAAGUGUAUCCAACUUGGUAAUGUUCA